GGCCGCAACCCUCGCCUCGCCGGCCUCCACGGGAAGCGCGGCGGCGGCAUGGGCGGCGGGGCGCGGCGCCCCCAGCCUGCGACCCCGCGGACCCUCCUCUCGGCGCGCCGCCUCCGCAGCCGGGGCUCCGGCGUGACUCCGGCACCGAGCCCCACUCCCGCGGGCGGCGCGUAGGGGCUAUCGAUCCGUGCCCUCCCGGGACCCGUCGGCUUCAGCCCGGGUCGCACGGCCGCCGAGCCGCCUCCGGCGGGGCCCUCCCGAGGCCCCGGAGCGGGGACCAUGAAAGUAAAACUGAGCUCUUAAUUAAAAGGGCAGAAGUUAACAAUUAACUAAGGAUGCAGGCCUUCUCAAAAGUGAGGUCGGCCACUGGCGACGGAGAUGCGCUGUGUGUUACAGAAGAGGAGCUGGCAGCCGACGACGACGAGGACAUGCCGUCCUUCCCGUGCACACAGGAGGGCCGGCCGGGGCCCCGCUGCAGCCGCUGCCAGAAGAACCUGUCUUUGCACACGUCGGUGCGGAUCCUUUACCUCUUUCUGGCCUUCCUGCUGGUGUCUGUGGCCGUGCUGGCCUCUCUGGUUUUCAGGAAAGUGGACUCUCUCUCAGAAGACAUCUCCCUGGCCCAGGCCCUUUAUGACAAGAAGCUUGUGUCUAUGCAGGAAAAUCUCCAAGGGCUGGAGCUGAAAGCCCCGAACAACUGCUCUUUCUGCCUUGAGGCUGGGCAGCUGGGGCAAGAGAUCAGAAAGCUGCAGGCGGAGCUGGAGGGAAUUCAGAAGAUGCUUCUGGCUCAGGAGGUCCAGCUGGACCAGACCUCCCAGACCCACGAACUGCUCUCCACCACCAGCGGUCAGAUCUCCCAGGAGAUGGGCAAUUGCUCCUUCUCCGUCCACCAGAUCAACCAGUCUCUGGGGCUCUUCCUGGCCCAGGUGAGAGGCUGGCAGGCCACCACAGCCGGCCUGGACCUCUCUCUGAAGGACCUCACCCAGGAGUGCUACAACGUCAAGGCUGCGAUGCACCAGAUCAACUUCACCGUGGGGCAGACUUCUGAGUGGAUCCACGGGAUCCGGCGGAAGACAGACGAGGAGACCCUGACCCUCCAGAAGAUGAUCGCCGACUGGCAGAACUACACGCGGCUCUUCAGCAGCCUGCGUGCCACCUCGGCCAAGACGGGAGAAGCGGUCAAGAGCCUCCAGGCCACCCUGGGGGCCUCCUCCCAGCGCAUCAGCCAGAAUUCUGAGAGUAUGCACGACCUGGUGCUGCAGGUCAUGGGCUUGCAGCUGCAGCUGGAUAACAUCUCGUCCUUCCUGGACGACCAUGAGGAGAACAUGCACGACCUGCAGUACCACACCCACUACGCCCAGAACCGCACGGUGGAGAGGUUCGAGACGCUGGAAGGACGCAUGGCUUCCCAUGAGAUCGAGAUCGGCACCAUCUUCACCAACAUCAACGCCACCGACAGCCACGUGUACAGCAUGCUCAAGUACCUGGAUGACGUGCGGCUCUCCUGCACGCUGGGCUUUCACACCCAGGCCGAGGAGCUCUACUACCUGAACAAGACCGUCUCCCUUAUGCUGGCCACCACCGACCUGCUCCGGGAGCGCUUUGGCCUGCUCAGCGCCCGCCUGGACUUCAACGUCCGCAACCUGUCCAUGGUCAUGGAGGAGAUGAAGGCCGUGGACAUGCAGCACGGGGAGAUCCUGCGCAACGUCACCAUCCUACGAGACCCAGGUCCUGCCAGCUCUCCCCUCUCUGACUGCAUGACUCAUGGCUGGCUCUGGAGGGACAGGCGGAGGCUCGGCUCACCAGAGGAAGACAGUCCUUCAGGUGCCCCAGGCCCUCCAGGACCGAGAGGACUCAAGGGAGAUGUGGGCGUGAAAGGGCCUGUUGGCAGCAGAGGACCAAAAGGAGACCUCGGCAGCUUGGGCCCCCCAGGACCUCAGGGUCCUCAAGGGCAGCCAGGGGACACCGGGCCUGUAGGAGAAAGGGGGCCGGUUGGCCUGCGAGGUUUCCCAGGCCUCAAAGGCUUGAAGGGCAGCUUUGGAACUGGAGGCCCAAGAGGACAGCCAGGCCCCAAAGGGGACGUGGGGCCUCCAGGGCCAGAGGGGCCCCCAGGGUCUCCAGGGCCAGAGGGGCCUCAGGGAAAACCAGGGAUCGCUGGGAAGAUAGGGUCACCAGGCCAGCGGGGGCCCAUGGGGCCAAAGGGCGAACCAGGAAUCCAGGGUCCCCCUGGCCUCCCUGGGCCCCCAGGCCCACCAGGGAGCCAGAGCCGCUUUUGAGGAGCGGCCUGGUCCCGGACACUGCCACGCAGAAGGUGGGGAAGGGUGCUCGGGUGAGGAGAGACCCCUGAAAAGCCGCACCUGCAGACAUUGUGGUCCUUCGGUCCCGAAGAGCGUUCUCCCAGGCCUGCCCCUGCACCUCCGGGCUUCCCAGUAGUGACUAUACCAUAGAAGGCAGCCCCGUAUACACACACGCACAUGCACACGCACGUUUCCCUGCUGGCCGGGGGGCUGACUGGGUUUCCGUGGCUGGGCGGGAGGAGAGGGCAGGAGAAGCCCCCUCGCCUGUGGCUGAGCCUGCCGGGGAAGCGGCUACCUCGGGGCAGCGGUCUUAACUCUGGCUCUGAGCUGGUGACCAGCGCUAGUCUUUCUAGCAUCUUCACACCCAUCCUAGCUGGCUGGCAGUUCCCUGAGGCUCCCAGGGGUUGAAAAGACCCAGGAAAAGCUUUGCAGGGGAUUACGGUUCAAACUCGAGGGACGAGGUGGAUUUGGCAACCAUAAGACCUUCCCUGUAACCAUGGGAGCAGCGUCCCGGGAACUCACACGGGACACACCUGGGCCCUGAGCACUGUGUCCCCAGGAGUUCAGCAUUUUUUCCCACAUCUCCAGAAAAUUCCUCGCUUCAUCCUUGCAUCCACCUCUCAGGAGCAUCCCAGAAGGAAUCCAAGCAGGAGCUUCAUCUGCACCGGGACACUCUCCAGGCCCUGGAACGUUCUGCCAAAGUAGAAGGCCCCGUUCCGAUCUGGGGGGUGACCGCUUUGUGGCAACUGGGGGAGGGCUGACCGCCGGGCUGCUCUCCCUUCCCCGCGCCUGCUCUCCUCCUGACCUCACCCCACCGUGACCCAGAAUGGCCCCAGGCCUCUCUGCAGGGGCAGCUGGACCAGAUGAGGGGGAGGGGCCCCAGCUCCCUUUGAUGUCACCCCUCACCCACCUUCAUCCUCCUGCGCAGCCAGCAGCAAGGAGGACUGGGACAUCCCCAGUGAAGCUGCCCCUCCUUUGUGUUCUAACAGAUAACGACCACCCCUGGGAUGGGGGCUUACAGCUGUCCCCUCCCCAGCCCGACCCAGAGACCGGCCCCUCUCCAUUCCAGAAGCCUUCCCCCUUCUUGUAACAGGUGUGCAACUGGCUUGCACUCCCGCUGCCCUCACUGCCGUGUAGUUCUCCUGUCUACAUAUGAUAUCAUGCCACGUAGUAUCACUGACUCAGUAAAGAGCUGUUUCUAGGAGGGAGGUGUCUUCUGGUCCUUUCUGCUUGACCGGGACCGUGAUGUCUUCAAGGGCUCCACCUCACCUGGCCUUUGAAGGGGAACCAGUGCACAAGGGGUCCCUUAGAUAUUCAGUCCCACUGUGGAGUCCAGGUCGGACCCCCUGGCCCUUCACUCUGGAAACACUGAGUUCUGCUGGGAGUUCCCAGUGGUCCUGCAGGGGCCAGGGACCAAGCGUGGCUGAGGGAUUACCCACAGCGAGCAGGAACCCAGUGGAAGCAAGGUGAACCUACUAAUCUUGCAGCAGGGCCCUAGAGCUCUUGGGCUAGAAUGAGAUUGGAAAAUAAGACAGGACACCUGAGUGAUACCCCCUGCUCCCCCGUCUUGUCCCUAACACAAGGAGAUAAAACAGAAAAGGGGGAGGAGACCAGACCUGCCCCAAAGGACCUGGCCCUCCAGGGUCCACAGGAAACAAAGGACAGCUGGGUCCUCUGGGAAUCAGCUGGGCCUGUUCCAGGAAUCAGGGGUGCGUGAAGGGCUGUGCCCUCGGCUGGCUUUCAAGGCAUAUGUCUUAGUCCGUUC